CUGGCUGGCUGUUGCUCGCCCGGCCGGGCCGUCGGGAGCGGAGCGGAGCCAGGAGCGGCGGCCGGCCAUGGAGCAGGGCGCGCCCCGCCGCCAGCCGCGCCUCUGCCAGAUGCUGCGCGGCGAGCAGGGCUACGGCUUCCACCUGCACGGCGAGAAGGGCAAGAGCGGCCAGUUCAUCCGCAAGGUCGAGCCCGGCUCGCCGGCCGAGGCGGCGGGGCUGCGCGCCGGGGACCGCCUGCUCGAAGUCAACGGCGUCAACGUGGAGAAGGAGACGCACCUCCAGGUUGUGCAGCGCAUCAAAGCAAUUGAAACCGAGACCCAGUUGCUGGUGGUGGACAAAGAGUCUGAUGAGCACUUCCGGAGUCGACACCUGACGUGCUCCGAGGAGGCGGGGCGGCUGGUCAUGGUGGCAAACGCUGAAGCGCCACCAACCAAAGGGCCCAAUUCCAGCAACGGAGACUCCUGGAAGGCUCCAGCCGAGCUGAGCAGCAGGAGCCUGAAAAGGCACAAGCACAGUUUAGGUUCGGAGAGUGGGAAGAAGGAUGUGAAUGGGCAGGCCAAGGAUCCUUUGGGGCCCCGACUUUGCCACCUCAAGAAAGGGCCCAAUGGCUACGGGUUCAACCUGCACAGCGAGAAGUCCAGGCCUGGCCAGUUCAUCCGCUCGGUGGAUCCAGAUUCCCCGGCAUUCAAGGCGGGUCUCCGGCCACAAGACAGACUUGUGGAGGUCAAUGGGAUCAACGUGGAAGGCAUGAGGCAUUCAGAAGUUGUGGCCCACAUCAAGUCUAUGGAAAACGAAACGAGGUUGCUAGUAGUGGACCCUGCCACAGAUGAACAUUUCAAGAAACGUGGUGUCGCUCCUGCUGAAGAACACGUUCGAGGGGGAAUUCCUCCACCUAUGACGAAUGGGUCAGCGCAAACACAGCUGAAUGGCGGAUCCAUGUCUUCGUCCCACAGCGAUUGCCAAAGUCCUGAGGAGGCCGAGGUGAGAGAGGUGAAAAAGAAAGAUCCCUUUGAAGAAAGCGGGUUGAACCUGAGUCCCACUGCAGCGGAAGCCAAAGAGAGAGUGCGUGCCAAGAGGGUGAACAAGAGAGCGCCUCAGAUGGACUGGAACAAGAAGCGGGAGAUUUUCAGCAACUUCUGAACCCACCGAGGGGCCCGUUUCCCUUCCGGCUCCUCCUGCACGGAGACAUUUGAAAGGUGCACAACUUGUGUCCCAUCCCGACGGACAGGGCCACAACGCACUCCAUGCGCCACAUUUUUCCACAGGCAAGGCGAAUUCACUCUGAUGGCGGCAAGCAAAAGGGAAGGCGAAGAAGGUGGGAGGGAGAGAGAAACCUCUUGCAGUUUGUAUUAAUUAUGGAUCAUUUAACUGGCAAUAUUAGAAUAUAUUAUUUAUAGGACCAUUUUUAUAUAAGGAAUUGUUUGAGUUGCUUUUCUUCUCCAUUUGCGUUUAGAUAUUUUAAAAUAUUUUUACAUUCCAAAUCAGCACCUUUCCUUUCCAUUUAGCUGAAAGCUAGAGUUUCUACUACUAUGGACUGCAGUGUUAACAACUUCAGAAAUGGAUUAGCCAACUAUUCCUUGAUUGUGACUCUUUCGGUUCUAAGUUUGGAGUUUAUUUUUUCCAUACUUUAUCUUCAGUACUUUAUUUUUUUCAGUACUUUAUUCAGUUAGCACUUGAAAUUCCCUUGUUUUUAGCAUAGCAGAUCUUUUUCUUUCCAGUCCUUUUUCAGACCCAUAACUUAGCAAGUACAAGAUUUUUAUGUUACAAAAUACCACAGACGAUUACAAGGACAGAGAUCAUCAGCUGUCAAGCCCACCUCUUAAGGACCCCUACGUGAAACCUGUCAUUUAUUAAGGGAUUGCAAUCUGAAUUCAUUUUUGUUAUAACAGAGUCACUCAAUAAUGAAAUGGAUGGCCUAUGAAGUUAUAAAGUAAAAAAAAAUAGAAUACACUUUUUAGUGAGACUUGAGAGACGUAUGAGAAAAAAGUUCCUUCAAGAAUGAAAUUCUUGCUGGUAAGCAAGAAACAUCUCAAGGUGAAUUUCAUCUCUAUUAUUUUUAGGACAUUAAUUUUGAUUUUGCUGAUCUUUCAGGAGCUGUGAGGCAGCCAGCCACCCUUUCAGCUUGCAACCUACAGUAGAAGCCUUUUUCUGUCCCCAGAAAUGUUGACAGGGUUUGGUCUCAGGUGGGACUAAUCUUCACACAGGUGGUAAACAUGAUUGUGAAUUUGGUGUGACGCUCUCUAGCUCUUACACGGUUGCUCUUGGGGAAAGCAAUGAAUGUUAGAUACCAGUGGGUCUGCUCUUCCCCAAAGAACAUCUUGGCCCAUCAGCUCCAGAGCUGUCCAUUUCUGCCUAACUCAGCGAAGGCUCAACAUCCAGAGACAGUGGGCAAUGAGGGGUUCCUGCGACUCUGUGAUUAAAUCUGGUGGUCGUCAUUGGCCACUGACUGUUCCGAGGGGGCGAGAGAAUGGAACCCACAGGGAAACUUACAUCUAAGCCUUUUAGGCAAGGAGUAUUUUUACUCCAUCUUUAUUCCUGGUGGGACACGUGUCGUGGGAAAUUUCUGCUGCAUAUGCCAACAUGCCUUGGACCCAGGUCAGGACAGAGCGGGCAAAUUUGGAAUUUCCCACCAAAUUGAUUCUCUUUUGGUGGGAAUGUGGUUUCUAGUGUUUCUGAACAGCGUAAAAUCAAGGCAAAUAUUUCCAAGUAAUUUCUGCAGAACUCUCUUGCCCAUAAAAAUGCCACUAAGAGUUCUGGACACAAAGUGGAGGUCACUCUGGACAGAAGUACAGCUCCCAACAUUUUGGUGACACUCCAGACACCUCCAGAUGAGCUACCAAAUUGGAAUGAUUAAUUUGGCAGGAGGGAUACGUGGCAAGUCAGAAAUAAUCUUAACCGUAUAAAGCCUUCAUUAAACCUAAAUAUAAUUGAGUUAAUGAAUGAACCCUACCCACCUUCAUUUUGGGGGGCAGCCUCUUAAAGGCUGAGGGUGGUCUUUGGCAAGGAAGAAACUGCUCACCAGAGAAGAGUGCCCUGAGCAGGGAGGGAAGGGCCUCGCAGCUUUGUUAAUGGGGGAGGGAAAAGGGCAGGGAUGGGUCUCUGUUCCUUCUUCCCUAGGAAAAGGAACAACCUUCCUUUCUCUUUUAAAAAAAGUGUUAAGAAGCUAGCUGAGUGGGGUGUAGUUUCCCCCCUUUUUUUUUUUUAAAAAGCAGAGGGCAUAUAAACAAGGAGUUGCCUUUUCAUGAUGGCAGGGAUUACCUAUUGCUCUUAGGGGGUGUCCACCAGGGAGGGUCCCCAGAGUCCAGAUGCAAUCAAAGCCCUGCCCUUUUUGUGUACCAACUGUCCUCCGGCGCUCCUGAAAAAGGGGGGGGGCAGGGGAGAGUGAUGUUUUUGCAUGUUAUAAAUGAACAAAUUUGGAGCUUUAUGAAUAUUUUGAAAAUGGUGGACUUGAAGUUUGCUUAGUUUAUUCUCCAUUUGAAAAAAAAGGUAGCGGUUGAGCAAUUGCAGCAUUUCUUUCCAGAGGGGCCUUUUGUUCAGGCGCUGCCUGGGCUGACGGAAAGGCCCUGUAAGAGUCACGGGCCAGACCAAGGGCUCUGAUGCUCUGAAGAGGCUUCAGAUACUGGAUAUAUGAAUUUGCAAUGCAUUUGCACCCCUCGUGCCAGCCUCCACUGCCUAAUUACACCCCUAGGAGUCAGGCUUCAACCACAGGAGAAAAUAUUGCAAGGGAAUCAAAUUCCGGAUUUGGCUCUCCUGUUAAAGAAACCAGGAAGCUUCCAGUGAGAACUUUUUAGGGGUGCGACAGACUGUAAAUUGCAAUUCACACCUCACCCUUUCUUGUUUUCUUUCCAGUGAAUCUGAUUGUAGAAGAUGGGAUUGUUUUUGAAAGGACAAGUAAAAUCCGUGAGUGUUGUGGUUCUCUGGAACUUUGUCUUGUGGCUUGUAGAAAGGUGAAAUCUAGAUGGAGAGAGGAAAGGCUUGGCGGUGGUCCCGUCCACCCUUUUGGGCCGGUAGGCACCUGUCAGUUAGGCAGCAAGCAAUGCCUCUCAUUUUUGAAGUUUAUCUCUCCAGUUUGUACACCUUGAGGCUCUCCAGAGGUGUUGAGGGUAGAGCGUCCUUAAUGCCAUAUUGGUUGAGAACGAUGAGUAGUGUAUUUCUACUUAUCUAUGGAAGGUCUCAAUUUGGGAAAGAUUAAACAAGAAUUUUGGAUUUAAAAAACUACAUUUCAGAUUAUUGAUUCCAUUAAUUUUUGGCUUCAUCAUUGUCCAUGCAGGAUGUCAAGGAUUGAUACAGAUCACAGAAGCUGGUGCCUCAAACAUCACUAUUAUAAUGGAUUUUUUGCCCCAUCCCUUUCCACGGGUGACAUAUGUACAAAGGAGGUAGGGCUUCCAUUGCACAGCUGUUCCUGCCAUCUUCAGUUUUUCUUUCCUGCCCCCCAGCUGGUGUCCCUGAACCCACUUAUGAGUAGGGAGGAAAAUGUCACUGCAGUCCAUUUUCAUUCUGCGAUGAUUUAAUAGCUGUCCUGCUGUAAGUGAUUAAAGGAUGGAGGCAUAAAAUGUGGCAUGAUAACGUGCAUAAUAUAAGGCUACAGAAAUGGAAAUUCCACCCCCUUCCAGUUUACAGUUGCAGGAAUCCCCCUUUGCCUCUGCUUGGACGUCCCCCAUUUCUGCUAGGCUUCCCCCCCUAGAGUUGGUGGGCUAAGAGCCCCAGGAGAUGUCCAGCUGAUCUCGGGGGGGGGGGGCUGCUCUUCAUUGGCGGGACUGGAGCCACCAUAAUAGGGAGCUGGAGAUGUUGAUGGUGCCAAUGAGGAAGGGGCACCUUCUGGGGGAGGUGUGCAUUUUUAAAAUGUGUGGGGAAACCGGUAUUAAGGUGGAAAAUCUUCAGGUGGUUUGCAUGGCUUGCGUUGAAAGUGUUUUUUGAGUCACCUUUUUUGGUUUGUGGUCAGAACUGCUUGGCUUCAUUGUUUUAUGGAAUCGCUUUCACAUUAGAGACGUGGGGGCAAAAGGCAGGCACCGGCCCUGUGGCAUUUUUCUCCAGAGGACAAGUGUGCAGGUGCCAGCCUAAGAAAGGGCUUUGUUAGUUUUCCAGACUGACGGCUGGCUGGACAAUGGGUGGGACGAAGGCCCCACGUGAGCCCAGCGAUCACCCUGGCCUCUUGCCUGCGUUAUUCCCAAAGGGGAAUAACUUCUGCCCUCUGCUUCCUGGAAUGAUGCUGGUGGAUAAAAGCACACGCUUUCUUCUUUUUCUGCCAUCAGGCCAGUUCUGUAACUUGAUUUCUGCACAUUUUAGAAAUUCUCUCACACACAAAAACUGACAAAAAGAACUCCUUUAAUUGCAUUGUGUUUAAAAACGUAUACUACAAUGUCAAUAAUAAAACUGAUUUCUCAUGGACAGCAA